CUGUGGCAGCACGCAGGUUGACAAUCACUAGGCCAUAAAACGUCGAAUAAAACCAAAAUCGGUAGAGAAGACGCCCCCUUUAGUAAAGAAAUGGACAAAACUCCUCAGCAGAGAGAAGUCCCUCAGGGUGCUGUCCCAGUCGGGGCCUUCAGGCAGGGCAACGUUCCCACGGUGGAGCGAGGAAUCAUCAGUGGAGACAACGUCCAGUUUGGGCGGCUGCGACAUCGCUCGCGUUUGUCCCAGUCGGAGAGCUCCGGCGCCGAAGACGAGCGGCUGGGCUCCUCUGUGGAAGCGAGCGGCGUCUACGGUCGAAGCCCUGUCCUGCAGGGCCUGCAGGCCGAAGCCGUGUGGUACAACCGCAACAUCUACGAGCAGGCAGAGGGUAACUACCAGCGGCGGGUGGCUUCUAACGGCAACGGACCCCUGUCGUCUUCUCCGCGGAGUCCAAACGCAAGGGGAAGCUUGACCUUCCACUCCAGACGCAGCCAGGACCCACAGCCGGAUCAGGGGCCUGCCGUCGUCACUGUGAAGGCUUCCGGUACCCCUCACCGUCAGGCAGGUAGAGGUCGAAAUCGCACCGCCUCUGAAACUGAGCCGGGGAGCAAAGGCAGCAGGGGGGCGCACCCGAGGAAGAGAGGCUUCUCUGAGACGGAGAGCAGGCCGAGAUGGGACAACACCAAAAUGAGUGGACUGCAGUGCCUUGCCACAGAGAACAUCUGGUUCGACAAACACCGCUACGACGAGGCGGAGAAGUGCUUCUACGAGGGAGCCAAUGGUCCUACCACUCUGCAGCAGCAGGGGGGGCAGAUGAAAGCAGCCCAGCAGCCAGUUAAAGGGCGCCAGCAGAAACGGCAGCACAGAACUUCAUCUUCACACUCAGGAGACCAGGAGCUGGUUGCACGCAUGAAGAGCCUGGAGCUGGAGAACCAGACUCUGCACAAAGUGGUGGAGGAGAUGAGGGCAGCUUUGCAGAAGCUGGAGUCCAGAGUGGUUGUCCUGGAGAAGUCUCCUGCACCAGCAGCUGUCCCAUGUGCUAAGGCCGCUCCAGUCCAGGCAGCUCCAGUCAAACAGGUGAAGGUGGAAAAUAGUGAUGACGAUGAUGACAUAGACUUGUUUGGCAGUGAUGAAGAAGAUGAAGAGGCAGAGCGCCUCAAGCAGGAGCGUCUAGAAGCCUAUGCAGCCAAGAAAGCCAAGAAACCUGCUGUCAUUGCCAAGUCCUCCAUCCUGUUGGAUGUCAAACCUUGGGAUGAUGAGACCGAUAUGGCGAAGCUGGAGGAGUGUGUGCGCUCAGUGCAGAUGGAUGGGCUCCUGUGGGGAGCUUCAAAGCUGGUUCCAGUCGGUUAUGGUAUCAAGAAGCUGCAGAUCAACUGUGUGGUUGAGGAUGAUAAAGUUGGCACAGAUAUCCUGGAGGAAGAAAUCACCAAGUUUGAGGACUAUGUCCAGAGUGUUGACGUUGCUGCUUUCAACAAGAUCUAAGCUUGAUUUACCAAAGUCUUGCUGCUACUUGUUCAGUUAUUAAAAAGCUGAGUUGUGAGCAA